ACGGUUGAAGAAAAGCGACAUCUGUUUGAAACGGCGAAUUAUAGUAGUGUUGAAAGGGGGGACAAUGUUGGCAGUGCUGAAUCAGAUGCUAAAAUUGAUGUGGAUUCCAUUCGUGGAAGGCUUUCCAGCUACGCAGACGACGUUGGUGACACUGAUGACGUGAAGAGACAAACUGAAGACGCCAGCGAAAAGGAUCCGUUAGAAAUCGACCCUGACGAGCCUUAUGAUGAGCUAAUGUAUGCGGCCCGCGCCAUGGCCAACUUUAAAAACGAAAAGCAGGGGCAGAGCAAGAAUCGAAAACAUACGGAAGAAAACAAAACAGGCUACACAUCGAAUGCACGACCAAGCAAUCAGCCGAAAUCUGAUUUGUUUUCACAGUAUGAUAGUGAGCGCUCGGACACUCAUAAUCCCGUCGUAUGCAGAAGUUCGGAUGUAAUUAUAUCCGAUAAUUACAGAAAGGGUGGAAAUACAACACUAGCCGCUCUUUCGAGUAAAGCAAAGUUAGAUUACACCUCCUCUUCUCCCUAUGACGUUGCAAGUUCAGGAGACGAGUUGCAAACAGAGACUGAUGAACAUACAGAUGAUGAACUAACUCAGCGCAUGCUCACUGAGGGCAUCAUAUUCUCAGAAACUGAUGAAGACGUUACGCAGUCAGAAUUGCAGGGAACUUCAGCUCAUACACCGGAACUGCCUGAAGUGACGUUCAUAGAUUCCGAUCACUGCGAGCCUGUUGAUGUGCCAGAGGAAGGGUUGAAAACCUCUGCAAAUACAGACGGAAGAACGGGAAGUAAACGAGGACCACCCCCACCGGUGCCACCAAAACCUCGUGUGCCUUACAGACACGAUCAUGAUCAAGUGUACGGCAUUCCAUCGAAUGAUACAAAGUCGUCUACCGAGGUAUCAUACACCGAUGAGCGCCGCCUAGCUUCUCUAGACAGUCCUUCACGUCUCCAAUCACAAGAUGACUUUCAGCAACCAACCCAUCACUCUCAACUACCACACCCUUUCACCGAAUUUUCAUUCCUCCCAACCCAAUCACCCACCCACCCACUGACCAUCGAAGGUUCCGAUAGCCAGGGCCACAUUGUUGGCAGACCGUACAACUGUCAAAGUCGUGUCGCCAAUUUUACCGCUAGUGUCCCAGGUCAGCUGGGAUUCUCCUGCCAAGGAGAGGACACAGGCGACGCGGGCCAGGCAGUACCGGCGCGAGAGGGCGUAGAAGAAGGUGGGAAGCCGGGAGAUCGGCCGGUGGUGGGUGGAGAUGGUGGGAAGACAUUCAGUGACUUGGUGAGAAGGUUUGAGGAGCAAGAAGUGGAAGAUUUAGAUAGAAGAGCUGAAACUGUUUUGAGGGAGACAAGUGACAUUGAAUACGGCGAAGGCAAAGACUUUUCACGCCGAGGUGAGAGAAAACGGCAUUUCACGGAAGAGAGUCUAGGAGCAACACAGUUUGGAGCUUCCGCUAAUCAAGAGCGUAGUCUAGGAAAACAGUCAAGUUUUGACGAAUCCCUUGGUCAACGAUCUUCGAAGGCAAUGGAGAUCGAACCUGGACAUGUCAAAAGCGCCAAAAGCUCCAUUCUGUCAUCUGUGAAAUCCUACACUAAGACAUCUACAGAGACAACUUCCAAGACGAUGACGAAAAAGACGCUGACCUCCGAGACUAACUCGAUGAUGCCACCUGCCGAUCAGGAUGGCGAAGCUAGUACUGGUGAUGUAGAUCAGAACGGAACCCUCUUCAUGAAAGUCCGUGCUACCACGCCAACAGGAAAGACGGCUGAGAAGACGAGUCGAGGUGGUCCAACAGUGCUGACCAGCUCUGGUGUCACAGGGGCUGGGUUUGGUGGGAACAGCGCCAAAGAUAUCGAGUCGUCUUGUGAGGUGAUGUCAAGCUCUCACGUCAAGUCUUACGCAUCCAGUGACGUGAAAACGAGCGGCAUCGGAGCAACAUCUACCGCAUCUGGAUUCAAGUCGACGCCGUCGAAGACAACAACGCCAACAUCUGGUACAACAUAUUCUCAAGCAGUGUCAACAUCUGCCACAACCCAUACUCCCUCUUAUCCCAAGCCAACAGCUCCGAAAGGAGGUGCCGGGGACGCCGCUUCCACGACCAGUGAUGAUCCUGCAAAGACGGCUGAAGAGGUUCUACAAGACAUCCGACGCAAUCUUGAUGAGGUUGCUACAGGCUCGGUGCUGGUUAGGUCAGAAGAAGAGGCGCUUCGUAGAGAGAUGCGCAAGCUGGAAUCUGCUUCGUCCUCGCUGAAAGUCACCGAGAUGCUGGACAUGAUGGAGGAAAAGAAGAGGGAGGAGAUGUCGACCAAGCAGACGAAGAACGAGGAGACGAAAAUGUCCCCCGCCAGUGGCCAAAAGACGACAUCAGAGAAAGACGCGACCAGCAAGACUCUUGAAGAACGAAACUCACGUGGAGAAGUGACUGACAAUACUUCCGAAGGUGCGGCGCCAUGGAGAGGAAAGACUGCAGCGGGGAGAAAACGUCACCGCUCCCAGUCAGCUGCUACUAAUACUACUACUGUGGAUGCCAUGGGUCUCGAACCGCCGGUAUCCUCAACAACUGGAUCUUCAGCACCGCCUGCACCACCUGCUCCACCUCGCCGCUCGCAAGGAGUGUGUGGAUCACCUCCUCGAGCUCCCGCCUGGUUUGAGGGCACUGGAGCCGCUGAUGCUGCUGCUGGUGAGGCUGCUGGUAAAUCUGCUGGAUACACCGCCAACACUGCACCAUCUUGGUCUUCUUCAGCUCCUGUAACUUCUCAACAUACCUGGACUCCUCCUUCAACCUCCAAACCUCUUCCCACCACAACACCUCCCUCACACUUCACCUCUUCUGGAGCACCUCCCGACUCCUUCUCCCCUCCUCCACCACCCCCACCACCUCCUCCAGCUCGUUGUGGGUCUCUAGGUUUCUCCACUCGCCCCCGCUCCAACUCAGUACCUGGUCUCGCCCAACCUCCCGAUGUGCCCGAUCAAGAGAGACCAGAAAGUGUCUGGGAUUAUACGGAGACGGGUGGAUGGAGAAGACCUGGACGAUGGCCGAGUUCGCACAGCGUCCGGUCCGGACAAGAGGAGUGCGUCGAUACGCUGAGAUACUGGUACCCCGAAGCUUUUGUCACCCGUCGUAGCCGCAGCGGUGACCUCCACCGCAGCAGAGAACGCCUCCCAGCCUGGGAUGCAGACCUGGAUCAGUUGACGGACGCUCUAACAGAGAGGAGACUGAAGAAUCACCUGUUGGGGCAAUGGCUGGCGGCUGGGGACGCACCCGAUAGUCGCCCGGACAGUCGCCUCAGCGCCGGCAGAAGUCUGGUCUCGGGUCGCAGUCGAUCACUUUGGGACCUCAGUGACCUCGGUGGGAGGGAUGAGACGCCCAAUCCCAACCUGACGCGACUGCUGGACCAGGAGAUGAAAGAAGCCUUCUUCGAAGAAGCCCUCCUCGAGCUGAUGGAACGACGUCGACGUCCCGCUACAUGGGGCGGCUCACAGCCCACACCGGCCCGCAGUCUGUCUCUGGCGGACCUAUGCAGACCGCCGAGAUUUGAUGAGGUGGAUACGCAUAUUUAUGAUUAUGAGCGGGCUCAACCGUACCGAUCGGUGCCUGUGCAGAGUAAAACGGAUGAGGAGAAAAACAGGUACGAGCACGCGGGCCGGGUCGACUCCUUCCUGCCACCUGAUGGAGCGCCCACAUACGCCGCCCGACUGCGCUGUAGGCGCGCUGAGCCACCAUCGGGGGAUACACCGCUGGCAGAGCAGAUCUACUCCGAGUAUCAGGAGAAACUGGUGGAACGAAUGGACAGGAAGGCGAACGGAUCUCUGAGACUCAACAAACCCAAGAACGAGCUACCUCCUGAGCCAAGAGAAAUCGGCGUGGAACAACAGGUGCGCCAGGAGUUCCUCGGCCGUGUCCAGGAGCGGAAGGAGAAGUACGGAGCCGACUGGGAUCCCAAGGAUCAGGAUCAGGAUCCGCACCGUCGUAGGGGGAAGGACGAAGAGAGACCAGAGUUUACUAUUGAAGGGACGGCGGAGGGUAUCAGCGAAGCUAUAGCGGAUGAUGUCAAAUAUCUACUCCAACAUGACGCGAUAUGGCGUCCUGGGUCUGCGCCGCCACCAGUGACAUCUAGCGGUCAAAAUACGAACUACAGCAAGGAACCGAAACCAUCCGACUUCGCGAACGAGUCGGUGUGGACCCCGAAAGGAUUGCAGAGUCCCGGCUCGACGAGGAAGGAGUUCCGUCCAGUCGCCUACGAUUCGGAUAGCUUGAAACGACAGCGAAAACAGCAACAGCAGCUGGCUCCAAAACCGGAAACAUCUCCAUCCGAGACCUUCGCCUGGACGUCGUCCGAGCCGCCUAUCCUGACACCUGCCGGCAAUAACGGCAACUACGAGUUUGACGGCGUCCGCCCGGCGGCGCCACCGCGAGGACAGGCUGGACCGGGAUCACAGGUCGGACGUCCAAUUCAGCCUAUUAGAGGUGCCAAAUUUGUACCUCUAGAUGACACACCGCCCCUCGCCGGACCCAACGAUAAACGAAAACUGUUGCCAAAGUCGGUCUACACGAUAAAACGCGAAUACGAAACCCAAACUGAGGAGGGUCAGACUAGGAAAUUCGCCGACCUGUCUCCCCGGCCGAUCCAUGGGGUCGGACCGAGGACCCAGCAGGGUAUGCCUGUGGCCCUCAAAUCGGCUGUGAAGGAGGAGCACCAGCCAGAGUGGUACCGUCUAAUGUACGAGAGUUUACACCGUACUAAACCAGAUGCCGUGAGGGUGCGAUAUAGGACUAGAGGACGGUACAACUAUCAGGGCGGCGGCUACUCCAGUGAACCGGAAGGAGGGUACGAAUCUGACGGAGGACGUCGGGGAGUGUUCGGCAGAAACGCUGAUCAGACAGACGACAGUUUCCGGCCGUCCUCCGUUCAGAAGAAGCCACUGUACCGGAACCAGCCGGGCAGGAUUGAGGACUACCUACCGGGACACUCAUCACUCGCUGAACGAGAGGCACGGGAGGAUUUUCUGCAUGCUGUGACGGACACCACUGACUCAAGUUCCCCUCUAUACCGUGAUACUGCUGUGAAGUCACCAGUGGUAGUGCAGAGGAGCCAACUGCACCACCGGCCACCUCGACGUAGAGCAGCCGGAAGGGCUGCCGUGGCGGCGGCCCACCCACGGUCCUUCACCAGAGCUGUUUUAGACGGAUACGACUCCGACUCUAAUCUCGUGUUCAAACGGCGAGAGGUACAGCCGGAUCCACCACCCGCUGAACAGCAGCGGUCACUGUACAGCCAAAUCCAGCGUGGCGGGGACGUGCCAGUCGGAGGCCUGCGCAAACCGGCGCCGCAGAAACCGGCCGAGCCGGUGAUUGGUUCGAUUCCAAAAUCGAUGUCCACCAGUGCCAUAUCGGAGCGGCGAGCCUUUUCGCCGCAGCGUGGCCGGCGUGGUGACGAGCGUGACGCAGGUGACGAUUGGCGCGCGCCGCCAGCUGUUUGCGCCGAACAGCUGUUGGAGGAGGAGCGACGACGGCGCCAUCUUCAGGAGCGGAACGAUAUCGAGCGCAGACGACACGGCGACAACUUUACGCCGUCUCAGAAGUCGCCGAUCCCUCUGAACCGCUAUGACAAUCUGUUCGAUGACGUCACCAUACGCAGCAGCCGCGGAGGCGAGGCCAGACUGGCGGCCCGCGCGCUGCACGGCUUCAAACCCAUCAACAACAGAGAGUUGUGUUUCAACAAGGGCGACAUCAUCUUCAUCCGUCGUCAAGUGGACAGGAACUGGUUGGAAGGAGAGCUGAACGGACGAAUUGGCAUCUUCCCGGUCAACUAUGUUCAGGUAGUGCCGCUCGACUCUCAGCGUGGCGGUCGGCCCAAACUGGGUGCCGAGGGACAGGCCCGGGCCCGCUACUCGUUCACGGCACAGACGCCCGUGGAGCUGUCACUGAAAAAAGGUGACCUGGUGACCCUUCUCCGCCGUGUGGACUCCAACUGGUACGAGGGCCGACUGGGGAACCGUACCGGUAUCUUCCCCACUACUUAUGUCGAGGUGCUGGGUCGGCCGCUGCCAGAGAGAAUCGAGAGCAGCGCGAAGUCUCCCGGUGGGGGUAUGACCGGUGGCGCCACAUCUGCCCCUGGCGGCGGACUGCAGAACCAACUGCACGUAGACACCACCCAACAGGAAGCCGUACCGUACAAGGCCCUGUACAGCUACCAGCCCCAGAACGACGACGAACUGGCUCUGACCGAAGGGGAUGUCGUGUAUGUCAUCGAGAAAUGCGAGGACGGAUGGUACGUCGGAACAAACGGCCGAUCGGCCAUGUUCGGCACCUUCCCCGGAAACUACGUGCAGAGAGUGCAGUGAACCUGAACUGGCGAUGACGGAGCAGUUCAGUUUGAAGACCAGUGCCUUACAGCUACACGUUCAACAGCCGUCUUUACAUAUGAAAUAGGGCGUAAAACAUUUUCAACUGCGUCCUAUGAAUGAACUUUGUGUGUAAAUUUUAGACGAGUGCGGUCAAGAAACCGGCCGCCUUACCUGUAUUGAGGAAGUCAGUGCACACAACUAAAACUAAUGACUUAACACUUGAACGUGCGCGCGAGGUAUGUGCAGUUUUAUAGGAAUUUAAGACACGCAAAUCCCACCCCCCACUUACCUAUGCGUGUUGUUAGUAUGUGAAAGAGAGUUUAUACCGUCGUUCCUAGUGUGUAAGCCACGCCCACCGCUUGUCAUUGGUCCACACGGAUCGUGACGUCACGAGCUAGUCACCAAUCAGAGAAUGCCUCACUGCCAUAUGUAUAGAAUAGUGAGAGAGUUGAGUAGAAAAGGCGGGCAACCUUGUUCACAUUUUUAUAAUAAAGCAUGGCUUAUUCUCAUAGAAAAAAAAAACUACCCUUAUGUCGUUUAAUGGCAGUCAUAUUUCUUCCAUUCUGAAUCAAACCUCGGUGUCGAUUUGCGAUUCCUCGCGAAUUACGAAUUACAUAUACUUGUUAGAAACUAAUCAUUUGCAGAUUAACAUACCCUGUAAGCUGAGUAAGACAAUGUGUGUGGAUUAGGCAGCUGUAAUGUUGGCCAGUUCCUGUUUGUUUUAUGGAUUACCUACCCUGCGCUUUGCGGCCACACAGUAUAUAUGAGGCGCGCUUUAACACCAAAGAUGCGUGUAAAUCGCCCUUUUGUCAUCAAGCGGUAUGCUGUAAAACGCACUUUGCAGUGUCAGGCAUGCGAAUUCGUUCAUACGUGAACCGCGUUUUAGGUCAAGCAGUGUGGUGUAAUCCUUCCUUUAAGUUCAUGCCGUGUGGGGUAUGAACCGCGCUUUAUGAAGCUCCACCGGCCGGUAUAUGCCUCGAUACCGUGCUGUGUGAAGUGUAAACCCGGCUUUAGGAGUGACCCUGAGGCAGCCGGCAGUGUACCGUGUAUGAAAAUAGUGACGUCACAGUUUGAGAGCAAAGGUUUAUACCGGGCUGGAAUCUAGUGCUUCCAAUUGUAACACUAAAUACACGCUAAAGAUAGUAUAA